CGACAUCAACCGAAGAGGAACUGACCGCCCGGGAACGCGGAGCUCCGUGGGUUUGCACUGCGUUAGCCCGAGCCCACGCCUCUUCUGUCGGAUACAAACACUCCACAGCGACGCGGCGGACCGGGGGGAAACACUAUGGCCACGUUAGGACCGGAGGCGGCUCGUCCUCCGCUCUCCCAGCUCGGCUCUUCUCCGUCGAUCCAGAACCUGCCCCCGAACCGGGGCUUGGAGCGCGCGCUGGAGGAGGCGGCGGCCAGCGGCGUCCUGAACCUGAGCAGCCGAAAACUGAAGGAGUUCCCCCGCACUGCUGCCAACCACGACCUGACCGACACGGUGGAGGCAGAUCUGUCAAAGAACAGACUGACCGACGUCCCUUCGGAGAUUUGCCAGCUGGUUGCCUUGGAGACCCUAAACCUGUAUCACAACUGCAUCAGGACCAUCCCCGACAGCAUCAUCAGCCUGCAGUCACUCACCUCCUUAAACCUCAGUCGUAACCAGCUGGGCGCCCUGCCGGCCUGUCUGUGUGGUUUACCUCUGAGAGUCCUCAACGCCAGCAACAACAAGCUGGUCAGUCUGCCGGAGACCAUCGGACAGCUGCACAACCUCAUGGAGCUGGACAUCAGCUGUAAUGAGAUCACGGCUCUGCCUCGACACAUCAGCAGACUCCGAGCGCUGCGGGAACUCAAUGUCCGACGGAACCUGCUCUGUGUUCUACCUGAAGAUCUGUCUGAACUUCCUCUGGUGAAGUUCGAUUUCUCCUGUAAUAAAGUCUCCACCAUCCCAGUGUGUUACCGGAAGAUGAAGCAUCUCCAGUCACUACAGUUAGAGAACAACCCACUACAGAGCCCACCUGCACAGAUCUGUAUAAAGGGGAAAGUCCACAUAUUCAAGUACCUGAGUAUCGAGGCGUGUCGCAGUGACAAGAUGCCCGACUCUCUUUACCUGCCCGUCGUGGAGCGUCUCAGCCUAUCGCGACCCACCACCGGAAGUGUGGAGGACAUGGAACAGCAGAAGAAGCAGGACAGUGAUUCAGGAGUCGGAAGUGACAACGGAGACAAGAGGCUGUCAGCGACUGAGCCGUCAGAUGAAGACAGUCUGAGUCUCAACGUCCCAAUGAGUCACAUCACAGAAGAGGAAGGAAUCAGUAAAGACGACUCUAGUGAACACAUCAGCUCCCUCACAGCAGACCCGAACUCCGACUCGGUCCGUCUGAUCGAGGAGAGUCCUACGGAAGCCCUGAAGGACCAGUUCAGCUCUCUGUCCGGCCUCAGCUCUCGCUUCGUCAGCCUACCAUCAGGUUCGUCGUCCGUCCAUCGGUCGGACGGCAGCGGACUUCGCGAGCCUCUGAGGAUAGAAGAAGACGCACACUGGCCCACAGAACAAACGUCAAAGGUCACGAGGGGCACUGAGCUACACAUCGACAUCAUCAACCAGCUGAAGGAGGCUGUGGAGCUGCUGCAGGACCCCAGCAGAGUGAACGCGGAUCAGGACGACCUUUCCGGCGUCCAGCUUUACCCCGUGGAGAUGGUCACAGUGGAAGAGUCACUCAAUGGGCAGGACAGUGAUGACGGUUCUUCCACGCCAAAGCAGCACACGGAGGAAGGAGGCUAUGAGUUCCAGAAGAAGAGACAGAUGAUACUAGAGAAGGCCAGGUUUGAGGCCCAGCUUGCAUGCCAGGAGUAUGAGUGCUAUAUGUCCAUCCAGCGGGAUAACAGAUCUCCAGUCAGCGGGCCGCCGUCGUUCUCCGGGCCGCCGUUUGGACUGAAGCCACGUUCAGCCCCGCCCUCACUGCCCUGCUCGCCCCCUCCUUCCUGUCUCAACCCCUCCCUCCUCUCACAGGCGUCGCCCCUGUAUAGAGAAACGCCUCGUAGCCAUGACGACGGAGGCUCGCACGGCCGCGGUAGGUUGUCCCUCUUUAACCCAACCGGACUUCGGGGUCUGGAGGCGGGUUCUCACCUUCUUGAGUCAUGUUUAAUGAAUUUUGGACUGCGUUCUGUGGUGUUUCUAAACAUGACAUCCUUACGCCAUAGUAAACAGGAUUACGCCCCCAUAACAUUCAACAAACAUGCCCCUCCCCCUUCACAGCCAGCGUGA